GCGCGUGCGCAGAGCGCAGCACGCCGCGCGCGGGAAGGCGCUACCGGCGCCUAACCGUUCCCCGCCUCCUGAACGUCGGAGCCUCAGGCGGAGCCUCUGCGAGGAAGAGGAGGGCAGGAGCGUAACUCUUCUGGCCCGGGACCGCGGCCGGGCCGGGACCCGGGGCCGAGUCGCCUUGGCGGCGCUGACCGGGACCGAGCAGUCCCUGGAUCCCUACAGAGGAGGCACUCUGGCAGAGGCCUCUGGCAGCAGAACCAGAGAUGGCAUCUGUAGAUUUCAAGACCUAUGUGGACCAGGCCUGCAGAGCUGCGGAGGAGUUUGUCAACGUCUACUACACCACGAUGGAUAAGCGGCGGCGACUGCUUUCCCGCCUGUACAUGGGCACAGCCACUUUAGUAUGGAAUGGAAAUGCUGUUUCUGGACAAGAAUCCUUGAGUGAGUUUUUUGAGAUGUUGCCUUCCAGUGAGUUCCAAAUCAAUGUGGUAGACUGCCAGCCUGUCCAUGAUGAAGCUACACCAAGCCAGACCACAGUCCUUGUGGUGAUCUGUGGAACAGUGAAGUUUGAGGGCAACAAACAGCGGGACUUCAACCAGAACUUCAUCUUGACCGCUCAGGCCUCACCCAGUAAUACAGUAUGGAAGAUAGCAAGUGACUGCUUCCGGUUCCAGGACUGGGCCAGCUAGUGGGGGUGAGAAAGGCUUCUUGGCUUCAGCCCAGCUCUGGAGAAAUGCCAGUCUCAAAUCUCAGGAUGUGGAGAACACAAGUUCAUUUUUGUUGUCACAGGAGUACUGCAAACUGGAUGUUUGACUCCUAGAAACCCUUUUCUGGUUAUAUACUGGUUUGUCAUAGUUGCCUUUUAAAAGUAGUAAACUUUCUAUUUUUCUACUUAUUCAGUAGAGACCCUGUUUCUUCAAAUUGACAAAUAAAUAAUAUAAAUGUCG